UGCGAUUUUCUGAACGGUCGCGUGGGGAUGAAAGUGCUCACUACGUAUCGGCUACAACACCCAUGUGCGCUCUUCACACAGCGCCGCUGAAAGGUCAAUUCUCUGCCGCAUGCGCCGGCGUUUCGUUGCCGCUGCUCCAACCCAGUUUGCCUUCUUUUGUUUGGGCCGGUCGCUGUUCCGUCUUGGCCUGGCAACGUAUCCGGUUGAACGCAUUUGCAACUAGUGUCAGAGAUAAUACAGUCAGUUCCCAGUCCAUAGGCAUUCGCUCUGCUUUCAUUCGAUGCGUUGGGGAAGGUCAAAUACCACCGCCGCCGACGGUAGAAAGGCCGCCAAGCGAGGAGCGGCGGCGGCUAAAACUUCUGUGAAGACAACGACAGAUAACGACAGCUUGCCGGCCGUCCUGCGCUUUGCCAUUGUAUCGCCAUUGCUGGUGUUCGUCGACCAAGCCCUUGCAUAUGGAGAAGUUUCUGGCUUCGCUCGAACCUUAUACCAACUUUUCUGUCUUGUUCUGCUCUAUGUUUCGUUGGGCGACGGGGCAUUGUUUGAAGAAUGGAGGAAAUGGAGAAGACGUCCUGGGGCAAAGACGAUUCGCGUCCGUGGUCCGUCAGCUGAUCCCAGGAACCGAGCCCCUCUCGUCUCCCCGCCUGAGAGAGCCAUCGCCGACCGUGGACGUAUUGCAGAGCCUGUGGAGAGUCUCCGAAGGAGCGAAGAGCCUACGGAGCCCUAUCAACCAGCCGAAUACAGCAUCCCACAAACCAGCUCCCCAGUCGAACGUGAGCGUAGCACAACCGAUGUGCCGAUGAUUUUUCCUCCUCGGGUGUCUGAAAAGCCCCUGUCGGCUAAGUCCUCAUAUAUCCCGGCUCCAAUUUCGCGUGGGCCACCUUCGAUUCCAUUGCCAACGCCCGUAGAAGCCAUAUAUGUUGCUGAACGGAGUCCUGCAAAGGCUUCCACGGAGCAGAGUCCCGUCGCUCCAGUGGUGGAGCCAAUCGCAUUCGCAGAACCACCUCGAACUGCGGAUGCUCCUAUCCGCGAACCUAUACCCGAAGCUGCGAUCAUCACAGAGAAGGAGAUUCCAGAGGCCCGUUCCGACCACGUCCAAAGAAAGCCGGUUAUCGACAAUCGCUCCCCGCUUCCUCCAGCAUUCAAAGACGAGAUUGUCAUGAUGAUUCAAACUUUACUUCAUCUGGUGAAUGAUGAGAUCCAAUGGACGGAUUCCAAGCAGACGCACCAGCAACCUGUGCCAUGCACUUUGAGCGUGCACAAGACGAUCGCAGAGGCGUGGAAGUUCACUCUGGACGUGGAUGUCAGUUCGGAUGAUGCUUUCGCAUUUCUGUCGAAUUCAUCGACUCGUUCAAACUGGGAUCCGCUCACAGAGAAUCUGAGCGUUUUGCGCAAUUAUGUUGCGCCACAGAACGGGUCUACGCGAGUGCAGCAUCAUGUUCUGAAGGGGGUUUUCCCCACAAUACCGCGCGAAACGGUUGUUCUCUUCCACGCGCAGAAACUGACGGGCGACCGAGCGGUGCUGAUUCAGAGGAGUGUUCCGUGGGCCGACGAUGUUCCGGAUGUAGAUGGUAUCAAAGUGGAGACUAACAUCUGCGGCACAUUGAUCGAGCAAACCGGACCCUCUUCCUGCCGAAUUACCCAUAUUCAUGAUAUCGACUACCGAUUGGCUAUCCACACUCCCAUCUCUCAGUUCAUGACAACAGUUGUCGCUCCCCAAGCCAUUCGACGACUUGCUGAGACCCUGAUUCAGCACCGAGACUCGCAGGAGUCAGCAACACAAGACGAGGGCUACGAAGAGUUGGAGACCAUCUUCGACUCCUACAGUGAUAGCGAUCCGCGCAACAGCCGACAGUUGUCACCGGAGCCGUUAGCGGUGGCGGCGGAGCGUACCCCGGCCAACGUCAAGGCGAACUACCGAGACUCAUUUGCCUCGCAGCUGGGGAUAUCGCAGGCGGCAACGGACAAUCGUUACGCUGAGGACGUCGAACAGAUGGUGCAAGAUGUGCUGAGGAACCGGACUACCGAGAUAUGGACCCAGAAGGUUUCUCGUGCUGGGACGACGGUUUUCCAAAGUGCUGAAGGACAGUUCCGGUUCAGGGUCACAGCUGAUUUGCAAGGCACGGCUCGCACUGUGUUCAAAACCCUCGUAUCCCUGAAAGACAAACCCAUCUGGGACCCGCAUUGCGAUAGCGCGAAAGUGAUCGAAGAGCUCGACGCCAACUCCUGCAUAUACCGCCUGAGGACAAAGCAAGACCGCGAAGGCUCCUCUGACAGCAUGGUCCUCGCCCAUCACCGCAUGCUUGACCCGAACCGGUUCGUUGCUGUAUACUGGACCUUCAAAAAGGCCGGCGGUGGCAGUCUCUCGGCGUUCUUCUGCGAAGCCCAUCCCCGUGACGCGACAAAGUGCAUCCUCACCCACCUCAUCAACGGCGAUGACUUUGAGGGGAGCUCGACGACGGUUGACUUUGUGGCCAUGCGUACUCUUCCUGCGGCCAUGAACAAUCUGAGAACUCUUCUCGCAAAACAUAUGCGAGGCUAGAUAUCUGACACGGCGUAGUCUGCUAGAACUAAUGUAUAGAACCUCAUAG